UUGGAUAGAACACAAUAUCUUUUGCUCCAAAUCAUCGCCCUCUCACUCUAGUUGAAACCACACCCCAAUUUUGUCAGCUCUAUAACAAUUUGAUACAAUCAUCAACAAUUUUUGACAAAUUCCAAAAUGCAAGCAGUUAAUUCGAUUAAUUAACCAAAGCCACACUGGUUUGGUCUAUGAAGAAGCCUGUUUUCCAGUUUUUAUGGGCACUAUAAAAUUGCCUCUGUGCUAACAAGAGAAGGCCUGAAUUCAGGGUGCCAAAAUGGGAAGCAACUUGAAGAUGCUCGAAUCCAUCUUGAAACACCCGACAACACUAUCAUUCAUCCGAUUAAAAACAACCUCAGCCCAGUACGUAUCGUCAAGAUUCAGAGAUCCCACAUUCGAAAAGUUCAUGGACAAGUACAAGAACCUCCUCAAAGUCAUUUCCAUUCAAGAUCUCAUUCUUGCCAACCCAACCAACAAAAGCCACCCUCCUUCAGUCUCCCUUGAUUUUCUCAACAGACUCUCAGCAAGGCUCCAACUCAGCCGCGGCGCCACCGCUUUCUUACGCAAGUAUCCCCACAUUUUUCAAAUCUUCUAUGAUCCCAAUAAGUCCCAGCCCUUUGUUAAGCUAACCGAAGCCGCCUUUGCAUUAUCCCGCCAAGAAGCUGAAGCCAUCAACGCUUCUUCGCCGCUAGUCGUCGAGAAGUUAGUUAGGUUGUUAUUGAUGUCCACUUCGAAAUCUUUGCCUCUUCGCGCUGUUUUUAAGGUCUGGAGGGAACUUGGGCUGCCUGAUGAUUUUGAGGGCUCGGUGAUUGCACGAAACUCAAAAAUUUUCAAACUUUGCGACGGUAAUGAACCAAAUACUCAUUUGUUGAAACUGUUCGAUGAAAUGCGUCAUAGAGAUUUCACUGCAUCAGUUGAUAAUUGGAGGGUGAUGGAAUGUUGCAGAGAGGAUUGUGAAGUUGAUAGAACGGAGUUACAGCACAGUUUUAAACAAGGCUUUCCCUCCGGAAUGAGAUUGAGUAAAAAUUUCAAGGCUAAGGUAAAGGAAUGGCAGAGGUUGCCGUACCUGGGGCCGUACGAGGCAAUGGGAGAGCAUAAGAAAACGAAGGCUGGGAUUAAGAGGUCGGAGAAACGGGCCGUCGCCAUUGUACAUGAAUUUUUAAGCUUAACAGUGGAGAAGAUGGUUGAAGUAGAGAAGAUUAGUCAUUUCAGGAAAUGGUUUGGGAUUGAUUUGAAUAUCAGAGAUUUGUUCUUGGAUCACCCGGGUAUAUUUUACUUGUCCACCAAAGGGCAGAAACAUACUGUUUUUCUGAGGGAAGCAUACGAGAGGGGGCGGUUGAUUGAGACAAAUGCAGUGUAUGAUGUCAGGAGAAAGCUUCUUGAUCUUGUUAUUCUGGGUCGUCAAGGUUUGAUUACUGCUAGUGGGGGAAAUUGUACGAGUGGAGAGUCUGAAUCAGGAGAAGGAGACAGUGAAUGAACCAGCAAUCGUCCAAAUUCAAGAAAUUGGCUGGUUGGACUUGGAGAAGACUGACGGUGACCAUGUUCCUAGCAAGCAGUAGUGAGGAAAGCCUAAAGGGACUUUCAUUUUGUCAAAUUGGAUCUCUUUCCUUCCAUUCUGAUCCAGUAAGUAUUCCUCUGCCAAUAGUAUAUAUAUAGGAUCAAUGGUAACGAAUUUUCUUUGAAAUUCAAUCUAGUGAGUUCUCUCAAGCCAGCUUUUGGUAUAGAUUGAAAUCUUUUUCUUUCGAACGUUAGAUGAGGGAGGAGAGCGAAGUCCCUCUCCCACAUUAACAAGUAGUGAAACUAUCCAAUGUUUUUCAAAGUUGAUAGGGGCACUUCAUUGGUAGUGGUAAAGUUGAUUCAGACUUGAUUGUCACUUUGGUUUAAUUGAGCUCAAAAUGAGUGGCUCUUAUACAAGUUUGAGCUUGAGUUUGAGGAUGCGAUAUUAUUGAGUUUGAGGCUGAAUAUAGAGGUAUUUGACUUGUCAAACUUACGAGUUUGAUUCAAAAUAAGUAAAACAAUAUCAUUUUAACAAA